AAAGAGGCCCCGCUCCUCCAAUCCCGCCUCGCAGCCGCCCCCUUCCUGCCCUCCUCGAUCGCCAAACCUGCCCGCCGUCCCACACAGCUUUUUUCUCGCCGCUCCUCGCCGACGCGUCGUGGGGCAGCAUCGGAGCUCCUCCUGCGCUGCCAGGUCUCGUCUCUGUUGGUACUGCAGAGCGCCCCAUACUCGAGCCGCUGCCUCCGUCCCGCCGCCGUACCUCGUCGUCGAGGCCCCGUCUCCAAGCUGCAGCCUCCAUCGACUCCCUGCGCAGCCUCUGUACAACCUCCCCAUCUCUACCGCGAGGAGGGUUAGCAGAAUGGGUAUCUCUACCGAAGAGGACACCAAGGAGAGAAAGAACAACAAAGACUCUUUGGAUGAAAUGGAGAUGAAGGUGACCAAGUUUUCGCGGGGGAAGGCUGCUAACUUGGGGGCUUUGCGUGAUAAGAAAUUGAAAGGACAGCUUGCUGGAAAAGAGAGGCUAAUCGGACAAUCUGCGAAAGCUGCUGCACAGGCUGAAAAGUGGUUUUUGCCUAUUGAGGGAGGCUAUUUGGAGCCUGAAGGUUUAGAGAAGACAUAUAGAUAUCAGCAACAAUCGAUUGUGCAGGAGGUGGACCUUUUGAGUUCAAGAAAACCAUUUGAUAUGAUCUUACCUGUACUUGGUCCUUAUACUCUAGAGUACACAUCAAACGGUCGCUACAUGAUAGUAGGUGGACGAAAAGGUCAUAUUGCUAUGAUGGAUAUGUUAAAUAUGGAUCUCAUCAAGGAGUUUCAGGUGAGGGAAACCGUGCGUGAUGUGGCAUUCUUACACAAUGAGCAACUCUUUGCAGUCGCCCAGAAAAAGUACCCUUACAUAUAUAAUCGUCAUGGCACAGAAAUUCACUGUCUGAAGGAACAUGGUAAAUCACUGAAACUUCAGUUUCUGGACAAACACUUCCUCUUGGUAUCGAUAAACAGCUUCGGGCAGCUCCACUAUCAAGAUAUGAGCACUGGUGAGAUGAUUGCAAACUACAGGACAGGUCUUGGGCGUACUGAUGUGAUGCGGGUAAAUCCUUACAAUGCUGUUAUUGGCGUUGGACAUGCUGGCGGAAAAGUUACCAUGUGGAAGCCAACCAGUGUGAAACCCCUUGUCACAAUGCUGUGCCAUCAUGGUCCUGUGACUGCUGUUGCAUUUGACAAGGGUGGUCAUCUUAUGGCGACGGCAGGUUUUGACAGGAAAAUUAAGAUUUGGGAUCUCAGGAAGUAUGAGGUUGUGCAUUCAUAUGCUGCACGUGCUCAGUCCUUGGAUUUCAGCCAGAAGGGGUUGUUGGCAGGCAGUAAUGGAUCUCUAGUCGAGAUAUACAAGGAUUCUGGGGGGCAGGAUUAUAAAGUUUAUAUGAAACAUAGAAUGAUAAAGGGAUACCAGGUUGACAAGGUUUUGUUCCGCCCUUAUGAGGAUAUCUGUGGGAUUGGGCACUCCAUGGGCCUUUCUUCCAUUCUUGUUCCUGGAUCGGGUGAGGCAAACUUUGAUACCUUUGUUGAGAACCCCGUGGAGACUGGGAAGCAAAGGAGGGAGAAGGAGGUGCAUGCCCUCCUCAAUAAGCUUCCACCAGAGACUGUCAUGCUUGACCCAAAUAUGAUCGCCACUGUAAGACAACCAAAGAAGAAAGAGAAGAAGACCAAGGAAGAGAUCGAAGAAGAGAUUGAAGAUGUUGUUGAGGCCGCCAAAAACACUAAGGUCAAGAAGAAGACCAAGGGCAGGAGCAAACCCAGCAAGCGGGCCAAGAAGAAGGAGGAAGAGGUUCUCAAAGCCAAGAGGCCUCUAUUGGAUCAAUACAAAGAAACCAAUGGACAGCCUGAGAAGAAACAAAGGAUAGGCGACCAGAGCGAGCUGCCAAAAGCCUUGCAGCGGUUUGCCAAGAACAGACAACCAUGAUCUUAUUUAUCAUUACUGUGUUGUAGUAGCAUGUAGCUGACAAGUAGUAGUAUUUGUUUCCAUGUGAACUCCCCACAUGAGGCAAUAGCGCAGUAAAGGAUGCACGAAAAUUUUAUCUCAAACUAGUGCUAUCUAUAUCCCAGAUGGGCAUGAACUCCAGGUUGAAAUUCAGCUCACUUGAGAGGUUUGAUUGAUCUAUUGGUGUAUUUCCAUGUGCUGAGUUCCAA